AUGCCAGGUAUUGACUUUGCAACUCUCGCCAACUUGCUGAAGCCGCAGAAGGUUAUUGAACAAAAUGAGAACUCAUUUACCAUCCACACGUACAGCAGCUUAAGGAACUACCUCAUUAAAUUCAAGGUUGGAGAAGAGUUUGAGGAAGAUAACAAAGGCCUGGAUAACAGAAAAUGCAUGAGCUUGGUUACCUGGGAGAAUGGCAGACUCACUUGUGUACAGAAAGGGGAGAAGAAGGACAGAGGCUGGAGCCACUGGAUUGAAGGGGACCAGCUCCACCUGGAAAUGUUCUGUGAAGGCCAGGUGUGCAAACAAACAUUCCAGAGAGCCUGA